UGCAAGUAUGCUAAUAUUAUAGAAUCAUAUAAUUUAAGCAAGAUUUUAACCCAAGUUUUCUUUUCUUUUUUUCCCUUUUAAUUAGUGAUUAAUGGGAGAAGAUGGAAGCCCCACCUUUACUGUGGAUGAUGCCCUUUUGCACAUGGGGUUCGGAAAGUUCCAAGUUCUUGUGCUUGCUUAUGCUGGAAUGGGUUGGAUUUAAGAAGCUAUGGAAAUGAUGCUUCUCUCGUUAAUAGGCCCUGCAGUUAAAGCUUUAUGGGACCUUACUUCCCAUCAAGAGAGCCUAAUAACCAGCGUCGUUCUCGUCGGAAAGCUUAUCGGAGAAUACUCAUGGGGUGUAGUCUCUGAUAAACAUGGAAGAAGGAAAGGGUUCCUCAUCACUGCAGUAGUUACUUCUGGAGCUGGCUUUUUGAGCGCAUUGUCUCCGAAUUAUAUUUCAUUGAUCAUUUUCCGUUGUUUGGUCGGUCUCAGUUUGGGAGGCGGCCGGUUCUUAACGUUAAAAUCUUAA